GAAGUUUACCAUCUUCACUACCCUGAGUGGUCUCCUUCUUCCAUUUCAACUUGCUCUCUCUUUCUCUCUCCCUCGCUCUCUCUCUCUCUCUUAAGAGAUUUAGAAAACUCUCUAGGGUAAGUAUAUAUCUUUCAUGGAAUCCAAAGGUUAUACCCAAGAUGGCACUGUUGAUCUUCAUGGCCGUCCUGUCCUCGCCUCCAAAACUGGCAAAUGGAAAGCCUGUGCCUUUCUUGUUGGGUAUGAAGCAUUUGAGAGGAUGGCUUUCUAUGGAAUAGCUUCAAAUUUAGUGAAUUACUUAACAACCCAACUUCAUGAAGAUACGGUUGCAUCAGUGAGGAAUGUAAACAACUGGUCAGGAUCAGUAUGGAUUACACCAAUUCUUGGUGCCUACAUAGCAGAUACUUACUUGGGUCGAUAUUGGACAUUCACUGUUUCAUCACUUUUUUAUGUCAUGGGAAUGAUAUUACUGACAAUGGCAGUUUCACUCAAGUUCAUGAAACCGACAUGCAUAAAUGGAGUAUGCAACAAGGCAACUCCUUCCCAAAUUGCAUUUUUCUACACUUCUCUAUACAUUAUAGCAAUAGGGGCAGGGGGUACAAAGCCUAACAUAUCAACUUUUGGUGCUGAUCAGUUUGAUGAUUUUGACCCUAAGGAGAAAAAGCUCAAGGUCUCUUUCUUUAACUGGUGGAUGUUUAGCUCGUUUUUGGGAGCUCUAGUUGCCACUCUUUGCCUUGUUUACAUUCAAGAAAACAUGGGAUGGGGUUUAGGAUAUGGUAUUCCUACAGUCGGUCUUAUAUUAUCCCUAUUUAUAUUUUAUUUAGGGACUCCAUUAUACAGACACAAAGUUAGUAAGACUAAGAGCCCCGCAAGGGAUCUAAUUCAAGUCCCCAUUGUAGCCUUUAGAAACAGGAAGCUUCAGCUCCCUACUGAUCCCUCACGGCUUCAUGAGUUUGAGCUCCAAUAUUACAUUGAUACAGGAAAACGCCAAGUCCAUCACACACCAGUGUUCAGGUGCUUGGAUAAAGCUGCACUAAAAGAUGGCAACACAUACGAUUCAAGCCCACCAUGUACAGUCACUCAAGUGGAAGGGACAAAGCUUGUUCUUGGUAUGAUACUGAUAUGGGUAGUGACAUUAAUUCCAAGCACAAUAUGGGCGCAAAUCAACACUCUUUUUGUCAAACAAGGCACAACUUUAGACCGCGGUCUUGGCUCUAACUUCCAAAUUCCAGCUGCUUCAUUAGGUAGCUUUGUCACACUCUCCAUGCUUCUCUCUGUGCCAAUGUAUGAUCGUUUCUUUGUUCCAUUUAUGCGUAAGAAAACGGGAAACCCAAGAGGAAUUACAUUGCUGCAAAGGCUUGGAAUUGGAUUUGUUAUCCAAGUCACAGCCAUUGCAAUUGCUUAUGCAGUUGAAGUUAGAAGAAUGCAUGUUAUAAGGGUACAACACACUAGAAGUCCUACAGAAGUUGUUCCAAUGAGCAUAUUUUGGCUAUUGCCUCAAUAUGUUUUGUUAGGAAUUGCAGAUGUUUUUAAUGCAAUUGGGCUGCUAGAAUUCUUCUAUGACCAAUCUCCUGAAGACAUGCAAAGCCUUGGAACAACUUUCUUCACUAGUGGAAUUGGAGCUGGGAAUUUCUUGAACAGCUUUUUAGUGACAAUGGUUGAUAAGAUUACAGGAAGAGGAGGAGGAAAGAGUUGGAUUGGUAACAAUUUGAAUGAUUGCCACUUGGAUUAUUACUAUGGUUUCCUUUUAGUUAUAUCCACUCUUAAUUUAGGAGCAUUUUUAUGGGCAUCAAGUAGGUUUAUAUACAAGAAGGAAACUAUUAAAGUUAAUGAGGGUUGUGUCCAAAUGGAAGGCAAAACCUUGGACACUUCUCCUCUAGGAUUGCAAGUAUAGGAGCUAAGAAUGAUAUAGUCCUUGUCACAUAUGAGUAAUGAUAUAAUUUUAGGGUUUCUUUUUCUUUUUUUCCCCCCUCUAAUGGUGAUGUUUUAGUUAGGCAGUCAAGGCCCACUACUCACUAGGCUCCUCUAUAAAUAAAAUUGUUUGUUUCUAA